ACUCUGCAGGAGGAAAGCUCUGGUUGACAAGUAACUUUUCAACUUUAAUUCAAUGGUUAGAUUCAAAGAUGUAAGUUAUAGGCUAGUUUUCUUUUUCCAGCUUUUUUAAGGAGCAUUAUUAUGAUGGUGAGACUGGGACUGGUAUGGAGAAACAAAUCUACACAGAGUGGCUUAAACAUCAUCUGAAGCAAGACUUUUAUUUUGGUGUGGUGAUAUGACGUCAUAACGCAGCGCCAUGCUCCUUCAUCUGUGAUUUGGCUGAAGAAAGGACAAAGUGUCCAGACACACAGAAAAACUCCUGGUGAAUCAACUGAGAUCCAUGUGACACACUAUUAUAAAGAUGGCGUAUAUUAAAGAGGAGAGUGAAGAGAUGAAGAUUGAAGAAACAUUCACAGUCAAACUUGAAGAUUCUGAGGAACAAACAGACCCAAUGGUGCUGAAGGAGGAGAAUCAAGAACUGAAAGAAGAGAAAGAACAUGAAGAUUGCUAUGAAAAAACAUGCUUUCACAACAGGAGAAAAUCUUUUAGUUGCUCACAGACUGAAAAUACUUUGUCACAAAAAACUGGAACUAAAAGUCCUUUCACCUGCCAACAGUGUGGAAAGAGUUAUACUCAAAAAGGAAGUCUUAAAGUCCACAUGCGAGUUCACACAGGAGAAAAGCCUUACAUGUGCCAACAGUGUGGAAAUAGUUUCAAUCGCCAGGCAAGCCUUAAAAUCCACAUGAGAGUUCACACAGGAGAGAAACCUUACAUGUGCCAACAAUGUGGAAAUAGUUUCAGUCGACAAGCAAGUCUUAAAAGGCACAUGAGAGUGCACACAGGAGAGAAGCUGUUUACUUGCCAGCACUGUGGAAAGAAAAUCAGUCAAAAAGCGCACCUUAUUAAUCACAUGAGGAUUCACACUGGAGAAAACCCAUUCACCUGCCAACAUUGUGGAAAAAGUUUCAGUCGGAAAGUAAACAUGACAGUCCACAUGAGAAUUCACACUGGAGAGAAGCCUCACAUCUGCCAACAGUGUGGAAAGAGUUUCACUGAAAAAGGAAGUCUUAAUGCCCACAUUAGAAUUCACACUGGAGAGAAACCAUUUGUAUGCGGGCUGUGUGGAAAGAGUUUUAGAUUUAGAGGAGCUUUUAAUGACCACAUGAGGAUUCACAGUGGAGAGAGUCUUUAAGUAUCUUCUGUGUGAAAGGAGUUCACAUAUUAUAGAGACAUGCAAAGUUGUUUGCAAACUCCUUAUGGACAGAAAUUACAAAAUUACAAGUGUGAAAAGAGGUUUACCAAAAGGAGCGAUUUCUAAAGUUGCCUGUGUGUUUAUUCUGGAUUAAGCAGAUUUAAUUAUGUUAAAUUAGUGUCUCAAAAAAAAUCAUUUUCAGAUGCAUAUGGAAAAUCAUAAAUAUGGAAGACCCUAUUCUUGUUGUUUUUGUGGACAGAGUUUUAAAAGAGUCCCCAAAUUCAGAUGCUCCAUGUUCCUACAAGAAUCCACCAUGAUUAUGGUCUUGUUCAGAUAGUUAAUUUGCAUUCAUCUCCUCUUUAAACCUUAACUUGAAGCUUUUUAUUUUCUUUUGUUAUGUUCAUAUGAAUGUAUGUGGCCACACCCGUCUUCUUGGCUAUAAAUUAAAAUAUUAAGCAGUUUUGGUAGAUGCCCUGUGAUUUUAAAUGUAUAGAGUUUUUGCUGAUUUAUUUGAUUAAGGACAAUGCGUUGAAAUUAAUA